CUGGAGUGCCUCUACAUAUAUCUUCUUCACUUCUUUGUUUAAUUUCUCUUUUGCUAUAUAUAUACACAUGGCUUUUCAAAAAGAAACAUGCAUGGAAGUUGAAAUCACGUCCACAAAAUUUAUAAAACCAGCUUCACCAACUCCAAAUCAUCUACAAAAUUACAAAUUAUCUUUCUUUGAUCAAAUAGCUGAUUUGGAACAUUUACCUUUUGUUCUUUUUUAUCCUCCUCCUACCAACAACACUUAUAAUUAUGAGUCUCAUGAUCAAGAACAAUUUGAGCAAUCCUUAUCUAGAGUUUUAACACAUGUUUACCCCAUCGCUGGCAGAUUAUCCGAUGACGACUCGAUAUCCUGUCAGGAUCAAGGGGUUAAAUUUGUAAAAGCAAAGAUAAAUAGUAAACUCAAUGAAUUUCUUGAGAAAGCACACAAGGAUGUCAACCUUGCAUUGCUUUGUUGGCCUCAAGAUACUUGGAAUGUAGAUGAAUCCAACUUGAUCGCCUUACCAAUUGUCAUUGUCCAAAUCACAGAAUUCGAGUGUGGUGGCUUGGCUCUAUCUAUGAGCCACGCGCACCCUGCAAUGGAUGGUUACUCAACUUUUAAUAUUAUUAACGAGUGGUCUAAAGUGUGCAGAAUGAAGAUUCCUGUAGAGAAGAUUGAUUUCAUGAGCUUUAAUUUGGCUCAUGUUUUCCCACCAAGAGAUUUAUCGAAAUUUCUCUUGCCUCGUAUUCCUGAGGAAGAUCGUGUGGAUUCUAAAGUAGUAGCCAAAAGGCUAUACAUCAACGAAGAUUCGAUUUCAAGGCUUAGAGAACUAAUCGGAGAGCUAUGCUUUAAUCCCUCAAGAGUUGAGAUGAUCAUAGCCCUCUUAUGGAGGGCUUUCAUGUGUUCUUCAGAAAAGAAGCACGGUCAUCUAAAACGUUCUAUAAUGGGCGUCCCAGUAAACUUGCGCACUAGGUUGAUUUCUUUACCUCAAUUAGCAAAAUCUUUUGGGAAUCUUGUAAUUGAAGCCCCUGUAAAAUUCGUACCUGGGGUUCACAACAAGAUGCCUGAAUUGCACGAAUUAGUGACAUUAAUUCGCGAAACAGUGAAGGAAACUAUUAUUGCUUGUGACAAGAGUUCACCAGAGGACGUAGUGUCUGCCGUGGCAAAUAUAUAUAAUGGAAGUUUCCUAUCACAAGAGUGGGGAAAUAGUAUUGAUGAAGUUGACGAGUACACAAGUUCAAGUUUGUGUAGAUUUCCUAUACAAGAAGCUGAUUUUGGUUGGGGAAAACCAUGUUUGAUGCAUUUUGGAUCAAGGCAUAUUCAGUCUUGCUGGUUGUAUGAUGCAGAAUGUGGCAAUGGGAUUUGUGUGCAACUGGAUUUGAAGGAAGUUAAUAUGCAUCAUUUAUUUGAAUUAUGUCACACUGAUAUCAACGAUUUCUUCCAGUUUUAGCCUAAUUACGUCCCUAGGGUUGGGAAUUUUGUUUUUUCUUUUUGUUAUUGUUAUUGUUGUAGUCUUUUUGGAUUUGGUAAUAAUAAAGUUGCAUCCCUUGUUUCGUUA